AUGCGUCUUAUCCACUGCACCUCACGACCCUACUGUGGCACACCAUGCUUCAUCACCACACUGAAGCUCACACUGAUCUUCUCCAGUGCUCCUUUCAGGAGUUGCCAAAACCUUCUGGACAUGGAAUCAUUCAGUGCAGCCUGUAUGGCUGAUAUGUGCAACUCUAAUGACACCACUGACUCCAUCCUCUGUAAAACGAUCUCAGAGUUCUCCAGAGAGUGUGUCCACGCAGGUGGCAAGCCCCAACAAUGGAGGAAUGCAACUUUUUGCUACAAUGAAUGUCCAUACGGCAUGGAGUUCUUGGAGUGUAGCAGUUCAUGUCCCGACAGCUGCUCCACCCCUCAGGCCAGCCAGACGUGUGAUAGCCACUGCCACGAUGGCUGCAGCUGCCCUCCCGGAACGGUCUUUGAUGACAUCAGCAACACUGGCUGUGUUGUAGUGGAUGAGUGUCCAUGUGUGCACAACAACAAAGUCUACAAGUCGGGAGAGUCCUACUCUUACACCUGCAGAUCCUGUGUGUGCGAGAGUGGACAGUGGAAUUGUGUGCAGGAGAACUGUCCAGGAACCUGCUCCGUGGAAGGUGGAGCUCACGUCAACACCUUCGAUGGAAAAGCCUACACCUUUCAUGGGGACUGCUCCUACGUUCUGGCGAAGCAAAGUAAUGGCUCCUUAUACACUGUGUUGGUGGACCUGGUCAAGUGCGGUCUGGCUGACAGUAAGACCUGCCUCAGAGCUGUAACUCUGGCCUUAUACGGCAAUGCUAUGGUUAUUAAAGUCCAGGCAUCCGGGCAGGUCUAUGUGAACCAGAUUCUUUCCCAGCUUCCACUGUUUACACCGGAGCUGAGUGCUUUCAGGCCAUCAUCCUUCUACGUCCUCAUCAGCCUCAACAUGGGCAUAAAGGUGAUGGUCCAACUGUCCCCCGUGAUGCAGGUCUUCAUUUCAGCUGACACAUCACUCAAAGGAACCACCUCUGGUCUGUGUGGGAACUUCAACAACAUAAUGGCCGAUGACUUCCUGGUCAAUACUGGACUGGUGGAGGGCACCGCUACAGCGUUCGCCAACACAUGGAAAACCCGGGCCAGCUGCCCUGACAUCGCACCACGCUUUGGAAACCCCUGCAGCCAGGGGAUCAGCAAAGACACUUAUGCCCAGCACUGGUGCUCCAAACUAUCGGAUCCCAAGGAAGUGUUUGCUCCUUGCCACUCUGUCAUUAGCCCCAAAAGAUACACAGAAAACUGCAAGUAUGACAGCUGUAACUGCGAGAACAGUGAGGAGUGCAUGUGUGCAGCAGUCUCCUCGUAUGUCUAUGCCUGCUCAGCGGCAGGAAUCCAGAUCACCGGCUGGAGGACGACCAUCUGUAGCAAAUUCAGUUCAUCAUGUCCAGAACAAACAGUGUAUGACUACAACAUGACGUGCUGCGGUCGUACCUGCCAGUCCCUCAGCCAGGCUGACUACUCCUGCCAGGCCGACUUCACUGCAGUGGAUGGCUGUGGCUGUGCCGAGGGAACCUACAUGAACGAGGAGGGACAGUGUGUGUCCAGUUCGAGCUGUCCCUGUUAUGAUAAAGACAGCAUUAUUCCAGCUGGACAGGUUGUCAGCAAAGACGGCAUCACAUGUAUCUGCAGACAAGGAGCUCUCAGCUGCUCAGGGGGGACACAACUACAAUCUUCACCAACAUGUGUUGCCCCAAUGGUUUACUUCGACUGCUUCACGGCUCAACCUGGGACCACUGGGACUGAGUGUCAGAAGGGCUGCAGCACUCUGGACAUGACUUGUAUCAGUACAGGCUGCACAUCAGGCUGCAUGUGCCCUGAUGGCCUGGUGUCAGAUGGAGCGGGAGGUUGUAUCAACGAGACCAGCUGUCCAUGUCUGCACAAUGGACAGGUCUACCAGCCUGGAGAGACACUGACUGUGGGCUGCAACACCUGCUACUGCAGUGACAGGAUGUUCACAUGUACCACCAACGAGUGUGAUGCAGUUUGUAGGAUCUACGGCGACGGUCACUAUGUCACAUUUGAUGCUAAGAGGUUUGACUUCAGUGGACAGUGUGAAUACACGCUCCUACAGGACUACUGUGGCUCUGGUCUGAGCAAUGGAAGCUUCAGAAUUAUCACUGAGAAUGUCCCAUGUGGGACUACAGGAACCUCCUGCUCCAAGACCAUCAAGAUCUUCCUCGGGGAUAACGAAUUCCAACUUAAAGAUGAGAACUUCCAGGUAGUAAAGGGCAGCAGCCAGGUGUUCCCUGCUCAGGUUCAAAAGAUGGGUAUUUACCUGGUGGUGAUGAUCAAGCCGGGACUUGUGCUCAUGUGGGACCACAAGACCAGUCUUUUCAUUAAACUCAGCCCAGAAUUCCAGGGUCAAGUCUGUGGUCUGUGUGGAAACUACGACGGCAACAGUAAGAAUGACUACACAACGCGCUCACAGGAGACAGUAGCAGGCGUUCUAGAUUUUGCUAACAGUUGGAAGGUUUCAUCCAGCUGCCCAAACGCCGAACUCAUCAUGGAUCCUUGUGCUCGCAACAGCUACCGGGGAGCCUGGUCCCAGAAACAGUGCAGCAUCAUCACCAGUGACACCUUCCAGAGUUGUCAUUCACAGGUUGACCCUGGUCCAUACUUUGAUUCUUGCGUGAGAGACUCUUGUGCUUGUGACACCGGUGGGGACUGUGAGUGUCUCUGCACUGCUGUGGCUGCCUAUGCCAAAGCAUGUAAUGAAGCUGGGACCUGCGUUAAAUGGAGAACUCCUACACUGUGUCCUAUUUUCUGUGACUACUAUAACUCCCCUGGUGGCUGUGAGUGGCACUAUAAGCCUUGUGGAGCUGACUGCAUGAAAACAUGUAGGAAUCCAUCAGGCAACUGUUCCAACCUCAUCACCGCCCUGGAAGGCUGCUAUCCACAGUGUCCCCCAACCCAGCCCUACUUUGAUGAAGACACCAUGAAGUGUGUCGCCUGGGACCAAUGUGGAUGCUAUGAUGAACAAGGCACCCAUUACAGCAUUGGAGAUAAGGUUCCAUCGAAAAACUGUUACACUUGUUCCUGUACAGACUCUGGAAUAAAAUGCAGCUACAAUGUAAACUCUUGUACAUGCUACAUUAAUGGGAAAACCUACGAAUAUGGGGAAACCAUCUAUAAUACCACGGAUGGGCUAGGAAAUUGUAUCAUAGCGGAGUGUGGGGCCAAUGGAACCAUGACAAGGAACAUAUACACAUGCUUAACAACCACCACCCCUGGCCCUACAACAACCCCCUUUACAACUACUAAAGUACCAUCAACAACAACUAAAGGAACCACAGUACAACCUGUUGAAACAACCACAUCAGAAGCAACAACAGUAAAGGUUGAGACAACAAAACCAACCAAAGAAGUCACCACUGGCCCAGUAACAGUUUCAACCACAGCUGUUAUUGAAACUACAACCUUAGUGCCAAGUCUCACAACAACAAGCCCAGAAACAACUGUGGUAACAUCAAGACCUUCUGUUGGUACCACAACUACUAAAGUACCAUCAACAACAACUAAAGGAACCACAGUACAACCUGUUGAAACAACCACAUCAGAAGCAACAACAGUAAAGGUUGAGACAACAAAACCAACCAAAGAAGUCACCACUGGCCCAGUAACAGUUUCAACCACAGCUGUUAUUGAAACUACAACCUUGGUGCCAAGUCUCACAACAACAAGCCCAGAAACACCUGUGAGCCCAGAAACACCUGUGGUAACAUCAGCACCCUCUGUUGGUACUACAACUACUAAAGUACCAUCAACAACAACUAAAGGAACCACAGUACAACCUGUUGAAACAACCACAUCAGAAGCAACAACAGUAAAGGUUGAGACAACAAAACCAACCAAAGAAGUCACCACUGGCCCAGUGACAGUUUCAACCACAGCUGUUAUUGAAACUACAACCUUGGUGCCAAGUCUCACAACAACAAGCCCAGAAACAACUGUGGUAACAUCAGCACCCUCUGUUGGUACUACAACUACUAAAGUGCCAUUGACAACAACUAAGGAAACCACAGUACAACCUGUUGAAACAACCACAUCAGAAGCAACAACAGUAAAGGUUGAGACAACAAAACCAACCAAAGAAGUAACCACUGGCCCAGUAACAGUUUCAACCACAGCUGUGAUUGAAACUACAACCUUAGUGCCAAGUCUCACAACAACAAGCCCAGAAACACCUGUGGUAACAUCAGCACCCUCUGUUGGUACUACAACUACUAAAGUACCAUCAACAACAACUAAGGGAACCACAGUACAACCUGUUGAAACAACCACAUCAGAAUCAACAACAGUAAAGGUUGAGACAACAAAACCAACCAAAGAAGUCACCACUGGCCCAGUAACAGUUUCAACCACAGCUGUUAUUGAAACUACAACCUUGGUGCCAAGUCUCACAACAACAAGCCCAGAAACAACUGUCAUAACAUCAGCACCCUCUGUUGGUACUACAACUACUAAAGUACCAUCAACAACGACUAAAGGAACCACAGUACAACCUGUUGAAACAACCACAUCAGAAGCAACAACAGUAAAGGUUGAGACAACAAAACCAGCUAAAGAAGUCACCACUGGCCCAGUGACAGUUUCAACCACAGCUGUUAUUGAAACUACAACCUUAGUGCCAAGUCUCACAACAACAAGCCCAGAAACAACUGUGGUAACAUCAAGACCUUCUGUUGGUACCACAACUACUAAAGUACCAUCAACAACAACUAAGGGAACCACAGUACAACCUGUUGAAACAACCACAUCAGAAGCAACAACAGUAAAGGUUGAGACAACAAAACCAACCAAAGAAGUCACCACUGGCCCAGUAACAGUUUCAACCACAGCUGUUAUUGAAACUACAACCUUAGUGCCAAGUCUCACAACAACAAGCCCAGAAACAACUGUGGUAACAUCAAGACCUUCUGUUGGUACCACAACUACUAAAGUACCAUCAACAACAACUAAGGGAACCACAGUACAACCUGUUGAAACAACCACAUCAGAAGCAACAACAGCUUUUGUUGAAACAACAACCUCAGGGGCAGGUUUCACAACAAGGCCAGAAACAACAGUUAUUGUCACAGGAAAGCCACAAAUAACCACUGUAUUCACAAAACCUUCUGUUUUGAACACUACAACACCUAUUUUGGCUUCAACUGUAACCACAGCAACAACAGUUAAAGGAACAACUUCUAUUCGUCCCAUAACACAGACACUUCCAGGCCCCACAACUGUUUACUCAACAGGUACAACUACUCUCAGACCAUCAAGAACCACAGUUGUUUCCACACUACCACUUUUUACCACAACUUCAACAUGUGUCUGCAUUGUCAAUGGAACUUCUCAUCGUCCUGGGGACUUGGUGUACAAUGUCACCGAUGGCUUAGGGUGGUGUUACCGUGCAUAUUGCAAUGCAUCUUGUAAAGUUGAGACACAAUCCAGUCCAUGUCCCACAACAACGACACCCAGCUCAACUGCACCUUCUACCACUGCAGUGUUCAGCACCACUACAAAGGCCACAAUCUCAAGCUCAGUACCUCCCACCACAUCUCUUCCUACCUCUACUUCCACUCCAUCAACACCUUCAUCUACAACUUCCCUUGACUGCAAUAAUGUGAAUCCACCAAGACAGAAUGGAGAGUCCUGGAAGGAUAGCAAUUGCACCACAGCUACCUGUACCAAUGGCAAGGUCACAGUGAUGACUACUCCCUGUCCCACAGUACAACAACCCAUCUGUGCCAAUGGACGCAAAGUUGUCCAGAUCUAUGAUGAUAAUGGAUGCUGCUUCCACUAUGAAUGUGAAUGUGUGUGCAGUGUCUGGGGAGGAUCCCACUACAUGACAUUUGAUGGGAAAUCAUACAGUUUCAAUGAUAACUGCUCUUCUUACCUGGUCAAAGAGAUUAUUACUAAAUAUAACUUGACCAUUAUAAUAAAUAAUAGUUACUGUGAUCCUUCAGAAAGCACAUUCUGUCCCCAGGCUCUCAUUGUUAUAUAUGAAUCCUACAACGUAGUUUUGACUCAGUUGAAGACUUCAGGAGAAGCAACUAAUGUGGUGUAUGUGAAUGGGAAACGAAUCUAUCCUGCCUACAGCAAUUCUGUCCUGCGUCUCACUAGCACAGAUAUGGUGAUCACACUGGAGAUACCGGAGAUCAAUGCCAACAUAACAUAUAGGGGCUCCUCCUUCAGCAUUGACCUUCCUUAUUCUCUCUUUGGUGGGAACACUGAGGGACAGUGUGGGACCUGUGACAACUUCCAGACCAAUGACUGCCGUUCUCCAAACGGCCAGGUGGAGAGCUGUUCAGACUCUGCAAGCCAGUGGCAUGUCCCAGGUACACCCUGUGUCAGCCCCACAACUACUACACCACCUUCAACCACUUCAAAACCACCAUACUCAACAACACAGCCUAUUUGCAAACCUGCCAUCUGUGAUCUCCUGACCAGCAGUGUAUUUGCGCCGUGUCACGCAGUGAUAUCCCCGGGACCAUUUGUGUCGUCCUGUGCGUCUGACAAUUGCAACGGUGGCAAUAACACCUGUUCCAGCCUGGAGGCCUAUGCCACUGAGUGUUCAAAUGCAGGAGUCUGUGUUGACUGGAGGAAUGCUACUGAUGGGCAGUGUGAGCACAAGUGUCCAAUCAACCAAGUGUACAUGGCCUGUGGCCCCACUGUGGAGCCUACAUGCAAUGACAGAUACAACCAGAUGUUCCAGAUGGAUAGCAAGUCAUCCACUAAGGAGGGUUGCUUCUGUCCUCAUGGCACCAUCCUAUUCAACACAGUCCAUGACGUGUGUGUUACCUCCUGUGAUUGUGUUGGAUCGGAUGGAAAACCCAAACAGCCUGGUGACACAUGGACAAGUGACUGCAACACCUGUGUGUGUGACGAAGAUUCCAUGAGCAUCCAGUGUCAGCCUGUUCAGUGCCCAUCAGUUCAGAGCCCCACAUGCAGCGAGCCCGGCCAGCAGCUGGUCAACAAGACAGACAGCUGCUGCACAACACAGUCUUGUGAAUGCAAUGUAAACCUGUGUCCCGCUUCCAUCCCCUGCCCGCUGGGUUUCCUACUCAACAUCACCAACAGCACCUGCUGCCAAUCCUUUGAGUGUGUUCCUAAAGGUGUCUGUGUCUAUAACAUGACUGAGUACAAGCCUGGUGCCAAGAUACCAACACCGGAAUCACUAUCAGAACCACCAUUAGAAGCACCAGCAAUUCCAGGACAACCCUCAGGAACAACAACAGCACCAUCAGGACCGGGACAGCCAUCAGGAGCAGGACAAGCAACCCCGGGACCUUUAUCAGAGGAGUCCGUUAAACCUGGGCCCUGCCGGGAGUGUUACUGUGGUCCCAAAAUGGAUCCCAUCACCAAGCUGAACAUCGUUGCCUGCAAACCUAUUGUCUGCAACAAAACCUGCCCCUCAGGUUACGGAUAUCAGACCGUAUCUGGGAAGUGCUGUGGGACGUGCAUUCAGAACAGCUGUAUUUUCACCACACCUGACCAAACAACGCAUGUUAUCGAGGUCAAUGGUACUUUUAUACCCCAUGACGACAACUGCGUGCAGUACACCUGUGACAACAUUAAUGGACAGUUUAUUACCAAGGAGACCAAGACCACUUGUCCUUCUUUCAACCCCUUGAACUGUGAACCUGGCACUGAGACAACCGACGCUAGUGGGUGCUGCAAAACCUGCACGCUGCGGAGCUUCUGUGAGGUUCAGAGUAAGCAGACAGUCAUCGAUGUGAGCGGCUGUAGGACCACGCAGCUGGUUAACAUGACGUUCUGCGCUGGACGCUGUGGAAGCUCGUCCAUGUACUCUGCAGCAGCUAACAUGAUGAUGCACCAGUGUGAGUGUUGCCAAGAGGCCACCACCACUCCAAUUCAGGUGGACCUGAUCUGCGAUGAUGGUUCCAGGGUCCAGCACACCUACAGCAGAGUGGACACGUGCAGCUGCAGCAAAGCAGAGUGUGUGCCGGGGACAACUGCCAAAGCACAGCGCCGCAGGAGACGUUGAACGCUGGACUGAGCCUCAGAAACACUGCAGGGCUUAACUUAGACCUCCUUCUUCUUAUCAGGUUUUGUUAUUUAUACCCCAGUGUGUGCUGUUUUUCAGUUUCACAACAUAUUAGCAUGAUGUAAACUUUCUUUAACUGCAGAUUUCUUGGAUAAUUAUUAAAAUGAU